AAUGUCAUUCACAUUGUUUACCAAUCAGACAAGUGUUAUUUGGACCUUCUAUUAGAGACGAUUCAAUUCCUCGACUUUUCUCUUUAGGGGAGGAUAAAGAUCUUAUCGAAUAUGAUUUAAAAGUUAGUGGACCAUAUCCGGAUCCAGGAUUAAAAAUUUUACAGAUAGAUCGAAUUGAAUCAAAAGCUACUCCUCUGUACAUGGAAUGGUAUCCGCAAAUCGGAGUUGAGACUUUUUUUGUGAUAUCGAAUUCUGAAUACAAGUACAAAUUAUUAAAUGAUAUAAUAAGGAUGAUUCGUGGAACUUAUGUGAACGCAACAUUUGGGACGCCUGUACAACGUUUUAAAAUAUUAACAAAAGAAAAUAAUAACAUCUAUAUGGUAUUUUCAACUGAUAAAGAAAUAGGUCUACAAAUUCUUCCUUUAGAUGGCAAUCCUUAUACAAACAUAGGACUUACUGGACAUCCGCGUCAGAUCACUGGAUUCGCUGUGGAUUGUAAAAACAGUAUCUUAUUUACUAUGGGAUAUAGAGAUUCUUGUGUUUUAAUGUGGAAGAUAAAAUUCAGAUCAGUAAAUAUAAUGAAACGCUUAGGAGGAGAAGGAUUGUCUCCAUUUUGUAGUUUCAUAAAAGGUGGUAAAAAUGGGUGGUUAUUUAACGAAAUGCAAGAUUUAUUCUACUACGCACAGAUUUUACAACAAGGAGAAAAUACUAUCGAAACAAGAAAGAUUUCUGAUAUGGCUUCUAUUAAACAAAUACCAAAUUUAAUGCGAGCCGUUGGUUAUUUCCCUAGUAACAAAGAACUGGAAAACAUUAUGCGUGAAGUAUCCUAUAGGAAUUAUGCGGAAACGGGACAAUUAUUGGAGGAAAUUACUUUCGAAGAUUUUGUUAAACUUUACAUCAAUCAUCGGCCUGUAUUUGGAUAUUCUAUGAAAGAAAUGAAAAAAGCUUUCGCAAGUUUCUGCGAAAAAGACUUGAGUAAUGACGAAGAUUUAAUAUUAACUCGAGAUCAAUUUAUGAAUAUCUUAUUUGGUACAUACCCAGAGAAUAAUAUCUUGGAAGAUAAGAAACUUCUCGGUGAACCACUGACAUUAGAAGAAGCAUAUACAUACCUAAAACUGCUUAUCCCUUCGGAGGAUGCCAAUAUAGAACAUUUUGCAGAUUCAAAAGGACAAAUAUCUACAUCUAUAAAUUUCGAUUUUCUACCAUCGGUAAGAGUAACAAUUGUACUGACUUAUAUGAAUCAAACGCUAUUAAAUAGGCUUUCGAAAAUUAAUGUAUUAUUAUUUUAUGAUACAGAGGAUAUCUUACAAAGAUUUUGUCACGGUUAUUUUGGGUGUUGAUUUGUUGGAGAAGAUGAGGGCUGAGAAUAAAAUUACGUGAUGUUUGCCGCACUGCCGAUACAAUUUUUUUACUCAAUUUUUAUAUACAUUAUGAAAGUUAUCUAAGAUAAUAAAGAAAUGAUGGAAAAACCGUGUCUAUCUUGCGUUACAUGUUUCAAUUAAUUUUACGGGGAGAAAGAGAGGAAAGGACGAUUGCACUAUUUGAAAGAUUUUCAUUAAUAAAAAUAUUUAAAUUUGCAAUCAAAAUAAGCGCAGUAUAUGAUCAAAGUUUUUUUUUUUUUUUUUUUUUUUUUUUAAUAAUCUUAUUAAAAAUAUGUACGAGAUUAAAAUUUGUAAAACUGAAACAUUUUCAAUGACAAUAGAAGAACUAUCCCUUUCUUCUAUAUCCAUUUCAUAAUACUGAUCAAUGAUCUAAACAUAUUUUUAAUAGUAUUUAUUUCGGAUAAUUUCGUUAUGAGUUAAAGUCACUUCACUUUGAAUUAUCAAGUUAAUUUUUUUGUGUUAAUAAGAAAGAAAAAAUUGAGAUAUUUUAAUUAACAUUAAUCCGAAAUGUUUUCAAAAGCUACGAUAAAAGCGAUAAUACAUCCAGGCAUUAAUGCGGCAGAUUUCAAGAAUAACUUUAUGAAAUGGACUUAAAGAAGUAUAGGCAGAAAUUUAUUAAAAAUUAUAUACUAACAAUGUGCUGCAUGAUAUUACACGAUCAGCAGUCGUAUGUCUUGUGCCAUCUUAUGCGACUAAUUAUUACACCGCUUGUCCCAUUAGGAACGCAAUUUCCUUAUCUGAGCUACGAUAGUUCUAACUGUAAGUAUUGUUUUAUUUGUUCAUUUGAUCUCGACACCUAUAGCAACGCAGUGCCAGCGGUAUGUCAUUUACACAUUUCUAAUUUAAAUGGAAUAUGCAUUAAUCAGGAUUAUGCCAUUGCGAAUGGAUCCGCAAUCUGUAAGAGAAACAAUGUUGAUAAUAGGCCCAAUAACUUUUGAAGCGCUGAAUUAGCGUAGCAAGGUGUAUAAUUGCAGUGUCAUCCAUAUCUGUAAUGAAGAACAUCUUUUUUCCUAUCUUUUUUCUUUUUUUUUUUUUCUUUUUUUUUUCUUUUCUCUCUCCAUACAACGCGUUACGCGAUAGACUAGAAAUAACGAAAGACCCAUUUGUUUUAUGAACCAUAUUUUUUUUUUUUUUUUUUCUAAAAGCGUGAAGAAACUAUAAGAGAAAAAGUAAGAUCAACAAAUUUUAGACGACGAGAGCAUCUAUUUCUUUUCAACGUUAACGCGUUAAGUAAAUAACAUCAAAGAAACUUAACACAUUAAAUUAUAAAAUUGAAGCUAUUCCAGCUAUAAAAUGGACCGUGAUUCGUAUCAAUAUCCCGACUUCACAACCGAGGUUCAACGUUUCAUCAAAAACCAAUAGUCAAGCACAUGGUUAAACGAUUGUUCGUACAAUGGAGGCAUGGACACCGCCAGCAGUGCCGACUGUCGGAUCGGGCGCAACUGUAAAUUGAAUUCAUAAAACACAGCCCUCCCCACUCUCGCGCGCGUGCUCUCUCUCUCUCUCUCUCUCUCUCUCUUCACAUUCAAGAAAUUUUGCAUCCCUGGCGCAAUGCAGUCUACAGUCCUAAAAACCGAUGUUACACACCGCCUAUCAUCUAAAUUGAAGUCUAUACACGGCAUUUCAUCGUUAAAAGAAGUACAAACAAA